CGGCCUCCUUGCCGGCCGAUCGGGCGCGCGGCCAGCCAGGCAGCGACGACCGGCGGCGGCGAGGCGGGCGGAGACCACGCGCGGCGAGGGCUCAAGAGCAUAAGUGGAUUGCAGCGUUUCGUCGCCUUACAUAGGAUUAGGACAGAUGGGAGCCCUGAAUGGUAGAAACCCUUCUACCGUUUUGGAUGGCCUCUAUGGGGUGCAGCUUGGUGACCGUCCAUCGCAGCCGGCACAAACUGAGGAUGAAGCUCUCCGGACCACGACCACCGUUGUAGAGUCAUCAGCUUGCGAACACCACAAGAGUGGUACAACGCAACAAAGAUUGCUGAUCCGAAGAGUAUGGCAGCAGAUACCCUCUUGCUUGAAGCCCAUCCACUGCACCAUUACAUGUGACAAGCAUGCUGGUGAGACUAUUGCGAAUGUCGUCACCUCUCUGCCCUUCAUUGUUCUUGGACUGCAGACUCCAAGGAAGAAUUUGAACACCGCUAUCUACGCGAAUUCGCUGGUUGGGGUGGGAGUAGCUUCAAGCUUGUAUCAUUCUUCCAAAGGAGAAAUCCGAAAGUUUCUGCGCUGGGCCGACUACACUAUGAUUGCUACCACCACACUUUGUUUGUCGAGAGCACUUAGCAAUGAGAACCCAAGAUUACUAAUGACAGCAUCAGCAUUGCUCCUGCCGUUCCAGCCAUUGAUGGUUUCAGCUGUCCACACUGGACUGAUGGAGGUUUCCUUUGCAAGAAGAGCAUCAAUUGAACCAGAGCUCAGGAUGGCACAUAACCUGCACAAAAUGUCAUCUCUGCUGGGAGGUGCGCUGUUCAUUGCCGACGAUUGCUUCCCCGAGACUCCCUAUAUCCACGCUGCAUGGCAUCUUGCUGCUGCGAUUGGCAUUGGCACUUGCAACAAGCUUCUUGAAUGACAGUUGAAAUGGUCCUUCACUCCUGCUGAUAUCAACAAGUAGUUGAUUUCAGUAUUAUUACGAGGUUAGAGUGCAUACAGGCAACUUGUCGACAUUUAAAAUAGCAAACACUGUAGGUCUAUAUUGGAUAGGAGAUUGGAAGUCUAUCAGAUUGAUAUCAGAUACUGUUUUUUUUUUCUUUAGGUGAACUAGGUGUCUAGGUUGGCUUGUGUAUGUAUUUCUGCUAGGAUUUGUUUAGGAUUUUCACCAUUGUUGUGACAGUGAGGUGACCUGCAACAACAAGAGUUGUAGAUGGAACUAUAAUAUAAUAUAACUGUUUCCACCAAA